AUGGGGUUGGGUGAGACGGAUCUUAAGGACGAUUGUGACGACGGAGGCGAAGGGUGCAAGGCAGCGCCACCAACGGCGGUAUCGUGCUCAAUAUGCUUAGAGGCGGUGACAGAUAAUGUGGGUAGAUCUUGGGCCAAGCUUCAAUGUGGCCAUCAAUUUCACCUUGAUUGCAUUGGCUCAGCAUUUAAUAUUAAGGGGGCGAUGCAGUGUCCCAACUGUCGAAAAAUUGAGAAAGGGCAAUGGCUUUAUGCAAAUGGCAGUCGUCCACUGCCUGAGUUUAGCAUGGAUGAUUGGGCCCAUGAUGAGGAUCUAUAUGGUCUAAGUUACGCUGAAAUGUCAUUCGGAGUUCAUUGGUGUCCAGUCAGUGGGUUGACAAGGUUCCCUUCAUCUUUUGAUGAAGGAGAAUUUUCAUCAAAUGCAUAUCAGGAUCAUCUUGGACAGCAUACAAUAUUUGCUGAACAAACAGCUGUAUCAUCUGCUACCCAUCCUUGCCCGUAUAUUGCCUACAUUGGACCAGUUCACCCUCCAUCAACCUCCAGUGGAAGUGUUUCAGAUGGAUCUAAUUUUAGUAAUCACUGGAGUGGCCCAUCAGCUCAAAGUGAUAUUCCUGGUUCUUAUGCUUUCCCUGCCAUGGAUGUACAUUAUCAAAAUUGGGAGCACCAUUCCUCUUCUUUGGGUACAGGCAGCCGCAUUGGUGGUGCAGAUCAACCUUCGAUUCCAUUUGUGACUCAGAGAACAUUAAGGACCAGUUCUGAUAUUCCAAGACCAGGAUCUUUUAUGCAUCCAUUCCUUGCCGGGCACAGUUCUGCGAGUAGAGUGCCCAGCUCUGUUACCUCUUCAAUGGUCCCUCCUUAUCCCGGUAGCGUUGCUAGGCCACAUGAUCGUGUUCAGGCUCUUCAGGCAUACGUUCAGCAAGCCGGUAGUAAUCCAGCAGCACGCACACCCUUAGUAUCUUCAACACGAAGAUAUAACAACAGCCGUAGGGGCUCAGCUCAAGUUGCACCCAUGGCUUCAUCAUCAGAUCAGUCUGGUAACUUGUACUUGUCAUCAGCUUCAUCUGGACGAACCUACCAAGAAGCAGAAAAUCUUCUUCCCAUCCGUUUCCAUGCCUGGGAACGAGAACAUUUGCCUUCCUUCCCAUUAAGCCAGGCUGAAAGGGAGAUUUGGGGACCAUACCAUCCAGCACCUGGUGGAUCUGAUUCCAGAAUCAGAUCCAGCAGUUUUCAUGUGAGGCAUGGAUCAGAGAGGACAGCGCCAUCCCAAAAUCGGUCAUAG